CGAACGCUUAGCUGUUGUCUGUGCUCUGACUGCGCCGCAUUCUGGCUGUCAACCUUAUCAACUGCUGACGUUGGCCUUUUUCGUAGACUUCGAAAAUGGUGCAAUAUACGCAGGAAACGUAUCUCUACGAUCCGAGCGUGUUGCUCAAGCUCGACUUUCAUCGCAGCCCAGCCAAAUUUCAGCCCUUCAUCUCUGCUGCCAAUCCAGGUGAAACGUGGCUGCAGGUGCGUCCGCUGAAGGAUACGGACUAUGAUCGCGGAUUUCUGCAGCUGCUGUCACAGCUUACGCAUGUGGGCAAUGUAACACGCACACAAUUUCUGACACGCUUCUCGCAGAUGAAGGCCAGCGGCGAUUACUAUGUGACAGUCAUUGAGGAUACGCGCAAGGGCGAGAUUAUUGGUGCUGCCUCGCUCAUCAUUGAGCGCAAGUUUAUACACAAUUGCUCAGUGCGCGGUCGCCUAGAGGAUGUGGUGGUCAAUGACACCUAUCGCGGCAAGCAGCUGGGCAAGCUAAUUGUGGUCACCGUGUCGCUGCUGGCCGAGCAACUGGGCUGCUAUAAAAUGUCGCUCGACUGCAAGGAUAAACUUAUCAAGUUCUAUGAAACGUUGGGCUAUGUGCUUGUACCCGGCAACUCCAAUUCCAUGACCAUACGCUACGAUGAGGAUGCGUCGGCGUUGAAACGUAACACCACCUCCACGGCUGUCACUGGCGAUGCCUGCCAAACAGUUGUUGUUAUAAUGCCCUUCAAGAGCACGUUCAUCAAGUAGACAUAAUUUUCUAAAAAUAUAAAUAUCUGAAAUAUAUACAUAUAAAGUAAUUAAGAAUUAACAAUACCAACAAGA